AUGGGCGAUCUCCCAGCAGCACGGAUAACAGAAUCACGGCCGUUCACCAACAUCGGAAUAGACUAUUGCGGGCCCUUUUUUGUCAAGGAACGAAAGGAUCACAACCGACGGAAGAUAAAGGUGUACGUGGCAAUCUUUAUAUGUCUCGCAGUAAAAGCAGUUCACAUUGAGCUGGUUAGUGACCUCACAAGCGAGGCUUUCAUUGCUGCACUACGAAGAUUCAUUGCUCGCCGAGGAUUCUGCUCAAGUAUCCACACGGACAACGGCACCAACUUCGUCGGCGCAAACAACGAGCUCCGAGAACUACGGAACCUCCUACGGUCCGACGAUCAUAAGGCAAAGGUUCAGUCCUUUUUAGCCGACAGACAGAUCGAGUGGCACUUCAUUCCUCCCAAUUCACCGCAUUUCGGCGGGUUGUGGGAAGCUGCAGUGAAGUCUUUCAAACGACACCUCAGACGUGUCGCAGGUAACGAGCUUCUAUCAUUAGAGGGCCUUAACACCCUCAUCAUUGAGAUCGAGUCGAUCCUCAAUUCCCGUCCGCUGACUCCGAUCUCCACCGAUCCAAACGAUCUCCUCGUCCUUACUCCCGGUCACUUCCUUAUCGGAGAUUCACUAACAUGUUUACGAGAUCGAGAGUUCACAGAUACUCCAACCAAUCGUCUAUCCAGCUGGCAACAUAUUCAACAGCUCAAGCAGCACUUCUGGCGCCGCUGGCAUCGAGAGUAUCUCAAUGAGUUAAACGUACGCAACAAAUGGAGCAAGGGGAGUCACGACAUUCGAGAAGGGAUCAUCGUCCUCCUCAGAGACGAUAACGCCCCCCCAAUGCAAUGGCCACUGGGCAGAAUCAUCAAGGUCCAUCCCGGCGCAGACGGCAUCAUCCGGACGGCUACCGUUCGAACAGCAACGAAUUCCAUAGAUCGGAGCAUCAAACGGAUGGUACCACUACCGAGCAGAUCGACACCAGAUGACUCCAACCUAAUCAGCAGCAACGCGGACUAA